AAGACAUUUAAGACAAGACAAGAUGGUGAGCUUUAUUUGUGCAUUGGUGGCGAUUACCUGCAUCGUUGUUAAUAUUCAAGGAGUGAGAUUAACAAAUGAAAAGGAAGAUGUUUUAAAAGAUUUCUACUCAAAAUUCAGCCAUGACAUGAAACGCGCCAUAAAAUCCGAUGAAAACAAUGCAACUUUGAAAUCACAAAUUGCAGUAAUAGACAGACAAAUAAAAACACUUCAAACAUAUCACAAAAAUCUACAGACGGAGAAAAAACAUCUUCAAACAUUUAAGUUAAUUCUUAAACACAAAAUCAAUAGGACAGAAGUACAAAAAUAUACACUAGUGAAACUACAACAAAAAAUUAAGAAAGUCGAAUUGAAAAUGAUUGAUCUGUCGUCACAAAUGAAAAAACUUGAUGCACAAAUGGCAACAUUACAAACCGAGUUGAAAAGUCUUGAAAAACAAUUGAAAACACUUUACAUGGAAAAUGAAAAACUUACAAAUAUCUCGGAAAAAGGAAAAGAUUGCGCAGAUCUUUACAGAAAAAGUAUAAGACACAAUGGAAUAUACAUGGGAAAAAACUGUGCAGAUCUUUACAAAAAAGGUAAAAAAAAGAACGGAGUUUAUCAAAUUGAUCCAGAUGGCCAGGGUUAUUUCGAUGUUUUCUGUGAUAUGAAGACAUCUGGUGGAGGUUGGACUGUGUUUCAAAGACGUCAAGAUGGAAGUGUAGACUUUUAUCGAAAUUGGAAAAACUAUACACAAGGAUUUGGUAAUCUUACUUUUGAAUUCUGGCUUGGAUUGGAUAAAAUAUACCGACUAACAUCAGCCAAGAGAAAUAAACUUCGUGUUGACUUGGGAGACUGGUCAGGAAACAAAGCAUAUGCUGAAUAUGAUUAUUUUGCUGUAAAGAAUGAAACACAUAAAUAUCAGUUAAGUCUUGGUGCAUAUUCUGGUGAGUCAAUAAGUAAAUAUAAACAUUUGAUGGACAAAUUUCUAAGCAAUAUUUUGAUAUAUGCAUUAUACGUUGGAAUGAUUCGAGUUUGCGUAGACAGGUCUGCAAUUUUGGGAAAAACAUAGAUAUUUUAACGGUUGAUUUUGAGCGAAAGUCUUGUUAGAUCUUAAAAAAUGAAAUCCAUUUGAUCUUACAUACUUACAACAAAAUACAUUGAACGAACAUAAAAAUCAUUUUGUUGUGUGAAUCAUUAAGUUGCACCAUACAACAACAAUUUUUGACUUACAAUAAGAGAUCAUUCAUGGAUUGUGCUUACCGUAUCAUUAAGAUUAAAUGAAAAUUCAAUUGAAGCUUUGUAAACAAGUAAUGAGCAUGCGCCUGAAACAUUGCUAAAUUAUGUGGACUUAAAUGAACAUUAAAACCUUUUAUAUA